AUGACUUCUUAUUUAGGAGAUUGCCAAUUCGGGGUUGGUGUUCCUGUAGGAGGUGAAGGUAUUUUACAUGUUGUAAAUCGCUUUUUAGAAAUGAAGGGUCAUUCGGAAAAAAUGUCAAAGUUUCUAAUUGACUUUUCUAAUGCUUUCAACAUGGUGAGCAGAUCUCAGCUCAUCAAGAAAGUCCGCCUUCAUUGUCCAGGUAUUUCUCGUUGGGUAGAAUUUUGCUACUUACGUCCGGAUAAGCUUUAUUAUGCCCAAUAUAUUUUGUCUUCUGCACUUGGUGUGCAACAAGGUGAUCCCCUCGGUCCCUUGUUAUUUGCAUUGACACUUCACCCCUUAGUAAAUACCAUUGCUUCUCGAUGCAAACUUGAUUUACACGCCCGGUACCUUGAUGAUGGUAAAAUUUUUGGUGAUACAUUAGAGGUAGCUAAGGCUUUGCGUAUAAUUGAAACUGAAGGACCAGACAGGGGGUUACACCUCAAUAUAAAGAAAGAGGAAGUCUUUUGGCCUUCCCUUGAUCCCAGGAGUACAACGGAUGGUGUUUUUCCUCCGGAUAUUGGUAGACCUUCUAAGGGAGUUAAACUUUUGGGCGGUCCAGUGAGUUUAGAUAUGGACUUCAUUAGUGACAUGUUGUUGAAUAAGGUGCACAAAACUGUUCAACUAAUGGACGCGAUCAAAAAACUCAAGGACCCUCAAAGUGAGAUGCUUUUACUUCGCAAUUGUACGGGUGUGUGUAGACUUUAUUUUGCAAUGCGAACUACCAAUCCUGCUGCUCUACAACCUGCCACCGAUCUCUUUGAUGACCAACUAUAUCAAUAUUUGAGGCUUCUUAUUACUGGGGAUGGUGCGGGUUUUGGUCCUCUACAGAAGAGAUUAUCUACCUUACCUAUCAAGGAUGGUGGACUUGGAAUUUAUACCAUGGCUAACACUCGUGCUUACUUUUAUCUUACUUUUCAGAGCCAGACUACUUCAGUGCAGAAAGUGAUCCUUGAUAAUUUAUUCUCAACGGACAAAUGUUCAGCUUAUCAGUUGGCUAUUCAGACCUUCACCCAGCAUGCACAAGACUAUCUUUUUGCGGUACCCAUUAGUGGGCUUAAUCAAUGCCUUGGACCUAGACAAUUUAGAGCUGUGCUUUGUUAUCGCCUUGGUAUCCCUCUGUUUGUUGAGAAUAGUUUAUGCCCAAGUUGUAACAAAUCUAUGGACAUUUUUGGAGAUCAUGCGCUUCAUUGUGCUAAAGAUAUUGGAUAUAAGUUUCGCCAUGAUAUUGUUCGUGAUGUUAUCAUUGACAUUUGUUACAAACCCAAUGUACCUUCGCGCAAGGAGGUUUCUCUCGGUCUUCAGACGGAUGAUGACAGAGAUUUAAAAUCUGCUGAUAUCCUUGUUCUUAACUGGAAAAAUGGGCAAGAUGUUUGUAUGGAUGUUACAGGUGUCUCUCCAUUCACUGGUGAUGGUGUCCGCUCCUUCGCUCCUGGUAAGGCUAUUUCUGGUGAAGUUUCACGUAAACAUACCAAAUACUCGGACAAGUGUGCUGCACAUGGAUAUGGUUUGGGUUUUCUAGCUUUCUCUACCUUAGGGAAACUUGGUGAGGAUACUCUGUUUUUUUUAAGCGUCUAA